AUCGCACGUCAUGUCGUUAUUGUUCAGACUGGGCUAUCGGGUUAACUCACUUACCGGGACAUGAUUUUACCCGACCCGGUGAAAAUAUCUACGCUGUCACUCUUCCCCAGUGUCCGAUCGAAUGACUUACCUUAUCGCUUCCUCCAACCCCCAACUGCCGCUACUAAUACAACUCAUUUUUAAGGUCUCCGAUUCCCCCACCGCCGGUUCAAAUUCACGGCAGCCGCCGGCAAACCAAUUCACUUCUUCUGAUCCAAAUCCUCGUCCUUUUGCUUCUGAAUCAUGGCGACAUCGGACGAUGAAAACGACAGCUUGGCCCAAUUCUUGGAAUCUGAGGUCCUCUCUGAACUCUCCGAUCAGGAAGAAGCAGAGGGUCCGAAGGAGCUUCAUAGUAAUGAUGAGGAAGAGGCCGAAGCGCAGCCUAAAGCGAAGAGAAUUCGGGUCGAUGAGGGCGAAGAAAACAAUCGCAAAGAGAAAGGGAAGGAGCGAGCGGACGAAGAAAAUGGGGAUAGACGGAGGAUUAUCAGGUCCAGGAGGAUAGAGAGUGGGAUAUUCAGCGUAGUUCCUCCCGAGCUAUUCCCUCACAUCCUCAAAUUUCUUUCUUCUGAGGAUCUUGUGUCUUGCUCGCGGGUUUGUAGAUUCAUGAAUCUCGCAGCAUCUGACGAGUCCUUGUGGCGUCGCUUGUACUGCAUGCGUUGGGGUAUAUUGCCUCCCACCAAGAACUUAUCUCAGCGAGCAUGGAAGAAGCUUUAUAUUCAGCGUGAUGAAGAGGACAUUGUCAAUCUGCUUAGUAACUGCCCACCUGAGUUCAAACGAUACUAUGUCCAAAUGCAGGCAGCAAAGAGAAGCCAGACACCAAAUCCUUCACAGGUGAAAGAUGACCGGAUAAUACUUGACAAGACAGUUGCUGAUCAGAUAUCUAUAUGGAAAACCACGCGAGGCUUGACUGACGAUGUGGCCAUGGACCAUAGGUGCUCAGGCAAUACAUGUUCUUACUACCAGAUUGGGGAUGUGUUUGUAUGUGAGAAGACUGGAAAUGUUCAUGUGUGUGACGAAACCUGCAGAGAAGUCAUUACUGACCCUUCAAAUGAGCUUUUGGUCUGUACAAUAUCUGGACGUUGUUCCGAUAUGCUGCUGUUACCAUCUGAAAUGGAGCCGGAGCCCGACCAGCAACAAUUCGGUGGGAUGGAUGAAGCGGAACCUUUCAUGGGAUCUGGACGUUUUGCAAGGGCGUACAUGCUCGGGUACAACUGCGAGAACGAGGAGGAGCUUGAGGCUACAUUAAGAUUCUGCUGAUCGAAAGAACCAUCAUGGUCUCAAAUUCUCAUAAUCGUCACUGGAGCAUCCUGCUGUGGAGAAUUGCAGCAGGUCCCCUUUGAAUGCUCGGGAUGUUGUACUGACAUUUCAAGUGGUCAAAUUCUAACGAAGAUGAUGCCUGGAAAAUGGGGAAACUGUGCUUAUUCGAGCGGGAUGUUCCUUCUUUGUGCCAGUGAUGGUGUUGCUGGUUAAUAGCAGUUCGGGUUUGGGUUGGGGUCGGGGUUUGGGUCUUCCCAAUCUUUGGUAACCAGCUAUAUGUUAAGUUUUGGAUAUAAUAAUGGAGGCCCCAUGUAACCAUGCUGAUGAUGGAUGUCUUCGUUCUUGCUUGUAUUAUUGAGGGGUUCGUUAUUUCUUAAGAGUUUCCAUGCAGAGAAUCUAUUAGGAGGAGCUUGGUCAUUAAAAUGGUCACUACUCGAUCCAAGGUCUGUUGCCUAUUAAGAUUGAGAAGCGAGCUCUUCUUGAAGCUGAGUAAGUGAUGUUGGUACGACUUUCAGGUGAUCGACCGAGCCAACGAACAGCAGGAGUCGGCUGGAGAAAAAGGGACACAGAAACAUUUACAAAAUGGGAUAUUACUUGAUUUGGAAUACAUCACAAAAUGGGAUAUUACUUGAUUUGGAAUACAUCGAAAACAAGAAUUUUUCAAUACUAUAUAGUAUUGGUGCCAUAGGUUUUUGUCUUUAUGGUAUAAUUUGAAAUUGUAUAUUAAACGUUUACGGUACAAAUUCAGAUUUUACCUAUAUUUUUGUAUAAAUUCUUUUAUGAUACAACUUGAACUUGUACCUUUAUGUGAUGGUACAACUUGAAGUUGUGAAAUUGUACCAUAAUAUAAUGAUAUAAAUUCC